GUAAAUAUCCUUAAGGUUCUUGCAGAUUGACGUAACAACAGAAAGGUAAAUUCAUUGUCUCCAAGGAGUUCGCUAAUCAGUCUAUCAGGUAAUCCACAAUAUUAAUUCGAUAGCUUUGCCAAAUUGCCAGUUCUCCGUUAUUUCAGAUUCUAUCCUAGUUCUGGGACACGCAUUUAGUAUCAGACCAUAGCUCUGUGUUUAUGAUUGUGGCAACGUUGAGCGGUACCGCGAUGGAAGUUUCUAAAACGACUCUUAAGCUUAAUACUAUCCACAGGAACGCCCCAACCAAUGUGGCGCCGAUCAUUAUCGAUGAAAAAAAAUCCCAUGAUUGGUUUGGUGUGCUUGUGGUAUUCGUGAUAGCCCUAGUUAUCGCGGUGUGUAUUUGUGGAGUCGCUUUUUAUACCAGGCGCAAGCUCAAACUCAAGAGACGUAAAAUGGCAGAACGUCGUAAGAAUAGAAAUAUCCCCACUCCUUUUCCCAGAACUCUGAAUCCUAUUGUAGAGUUACCAACCGACUUCCCCCCCCGGAUUCAGUGUACUGAAGACAAUGUCCCUUUCCAUACUGAGGACUUCUCCCCCACAGAAGUGAACACCCGACAGGCGAAACAUUGUACUAGUGAAGUGGCAGGCAAUUCGACGGCAGUGGGGCAGCCUCAACGAAGCACUUCAGACUCCUAUUAUCAAACAGACCACAAAGAAAAUGGAGGCCAGGCGAAGUUUGAACAUCAGUCUAAUCCCCGCACUCCUCUCUCCCACCAAACUAUUCAUUGACGAACCAGGAGGUAUCUUUCAUGUGAAUCACGAGACGUCUGAUAUAUGAAAGAUUUCGUAAAUUUUACAAUAAUCAUUUUUCCCUUUUUAUCUUAUCAAUAGAUGUAUAAAUAAUGGUAUCAAUUUUAAUUUAUCUCAAUAGUAUCUUACUGAAAAUCUUUCAAUGUUGUGGAGUCACCACAAAAUUGAACUUUCUGCUGUCUUUUCGAUGUUGGUAAAAGCCUUGCUAAAGAACAUAAAAUUCCAUCACGGAUGUUGUUUUAUAGGUUUAUAUAGUCACAUUAUUGUGAUUGAUUUUUUCUUGUGAGCUGUGAAUCACAUUGUUCACUCUUUUCGUGUUUUGCCAAUUGAUGUGCAUGUUUUUUUUAUUGUUUAGCUGAAUUAAGUAUGUGUCAUUUUUUGUUUCACAGCUUGGUAUAUUUUUAAUAUAGUUCAACGAAGCUUUUUGUACAGAAAUUUACAAAGUACUGUAGUGUGAGCCCUUAGAAAAAUAAACGAAAAGGUUUUAAUAGAAAGGGAUUCAGAAACCCUUUUGUGUUAUUUGUUAUGUAGACUAAACAUCUAAACUAAAUACCUUUAUAUAAUGAACAUGGGUUGUCUUUUCUUAUUUUUUCUAUGCAUGUCUUUCCCUAAAUUAAUUGAUGAGAUUACCUAGUAUUUGAUUGUGUUUUAGAUGCAUACUUUUAAACUAAUUCUUAUCAGGUGUUUCUUUCUUAUCUCUCCUUAACUCCUUCGCGGUGAAUCUCACACCUUUAGCUGGUGGAGAUACCUUCUUUUCACUGCUCGUUCUUUGCGUUAUUUGCAUGUAUGCCUUAGUCAUCAAAAAUAGCCUCACAUACCUCAAUGUAAAACAAAGUAUGAUAAUCAAAAUCUGUCCUCUGUGAUCGAUACAUUUCGUGGCUAUCCUUUCUCUCCACUUGAUUAUUGCAUGGCGGAGUGGCUCUUUCUAUGAUGAAACAAUACAUGAGAUGCGAAAAGGGGAUUACUAUUUUUUUUCUUUAGGAGUAAUGAUCAUCUCUUUUCGGAUUUCGUCGCAUUCUUGAAAACAAGUGUUGCUGUUUUCAUUUAUUAUGCACUCCAUGUGCCGUAACACAGCACGCUAAGGUAUAUGUGUCGAAGUAGGCUUUACCAAGCGGUGUGCAUUCUCAUUGGAGUCCACGUUACUUUAUCACAUCAUGAGAAGUGGUAUAGACAAGUUCUAUGGAUUUGAUGAAAAGCAAAGCUAGCUCUUCCAUCUCCCCUAAGAUGGGAGGAAGGAAGGUAAAUUUCUAAGUACAAACUACACGUCAAUACUGCAGCAGCAGCGGAGUGUCAUGAGCUUCAGCAACUCAUUCCUCCUUUUUCUACAAAGAGAAUUCAUAUGAUUCUUUAUCUAUUUAUGUAUGAAUAAUCUAAAUGACAAAUAAUCCGAUAUGAACUAUUUUUUAUUUUUUAUUCUUUAUUCUCUAUACGUUAUUGCUUUUCUUGAUGUUGCUUUAGAUUUGCUUUUUUUAUCGUUCUUAAGGAGAGCAACGUCGUGAAUGAUUCAGAGCAUUUCUUCUUUGGUGUGUCGUUCUUCAAAUUGUAUGACUCCUUCAGGAAAAAAAAUACGAUUGCCAUCUUCAGCUGUGGUCAUUUUUUAUAUUCGUAUUCUACUUGGGCAACUGCAAAUGGAAGAGAACAAUGUGCAUUCCGCUUAA